AUGCCUCCCAGGUUCAACGACUCGUGGUACUACCCUGACGACAUUGCCCACGACCUUGAUGGAGUCGAAGGCUUGUCAGAAGCUCUGAAACAAGAGGCCUACGCCUGCGCGUGGGAGUACACACGAUGUGUCAUCCCGCAGUACACCAACUGGGAUCGAUACGUCGCUUUUAUGCGCACUAUCAUCAUCGGCAUUAUCGCAGAAUUCCGCGGCGAACUCGUCGAUGUGGCAGCCAGCGACUCCAUUAUGGGCUGCUAUUCGCUGACCGCGGUGCUGGACGCCCUGUUCGAGGGCACGCCGGGUCACCAGCUCAUGGUGCGCGAAUACAAGACGUUUUUGCUCGUUACUUCGGAGAAAACGAGCAACCGUCGCGACAGCGAAUUGUUCCGUCGCUACGUUAACGGGCUGGCGACUUCCCCUCGCCACUGGUUCCGCAUGCGCGAUUGCGACGCCCUCGCGCGUUUUUCGCUGGCGGCCGCCCUGGCUUGCAACGAUAUAGACAACGUUUUCCCGACAGACGAGCAGUUUGAACUGUUGACCGAGAUUGGCGACACGCUUUACGAUGCCGUGGCCUUUUACAAGCACCGCAGCGAGGGCGAAACCAAUAAUACCUUUGCCUACGUGCCCGCCGAUAUACGGAUCCAGGCUUUUCGCGUGGCCCGUGAAAUGCUUUGGGCCCUGGACGUCGCUUACGCCCACAAGCCCGAAGGAGCUAUCCUUAUAAAUUUUAUCCGCUUUUUCGGCGGCCCUAUCCACAUGAUGAUGCGUCGGUACCGUUUCGUCGAAGAGGAUAUGACUAUUGGCAAGCCCGAGACGGCCGCCGUUGUUGCGCAGACGCGCCGCAAUUUCAAGCUGUGGAACCGCGUGGAUGCACAGGUCCCACAGGAUAGCGCAGCCAGUCAGACCAGCAGUGGCAGCAAUAGCACCAGCAGCAGCAGCAGCAGCAGCAGCGGCGGCGGCGGGGAUGGUGAUGCUAGCUCAAUCCAUAGUAGCGGCAUUAGCAGCAACGCCACCAGCAUCGAAGCCGAGAAAGAAGAUCAAAGCAGCGAUUCCAUCGAGGCUCCCGGGGCCGAGAGGUUUAGAAACCUGCUGGCGCGGAGCAAGGAUCUCAUGUUCCCAGAGCUGCCUGCGUACCUAUCUCGGGCCGGCGAGCCGCACUGCAACCGAUGCCUCUACCGAUCUUCUUAUGGCGCGCAGCAGCUGCAUCGCUUCGGCGGCGUCGAGCUCUGCCGCGGGUGCCGAGCCAUGUGGCGUGGCUACGUCGAGUCCCUGCCCGAGCGCGUCCAGGAGGGUUUCCCCGAAGUUGUGCUCAAGGCUCCACCGCCGCCCUCUUCUCACCUUGCCAUUCCCACCAAUGGCGAGGCGGACCCGGCUUCCAUCCCAAGGAACAAGCGGCUGCGCGAGGAUUUUACCGCUGGGGGUGAGUACUCCGCCGUCGUGGGGACGGUGCCGGCCGAAUGCGUGCCCCGCUCCGCUCAGGAUAUUAUGGAGGAUGUGCUGCAGGCUGAGGGGGCUAUCGACGAUAUGAGGUCGGCUGUGGCGGUGUUUUGA